GCAGUCUGCAAGAGCAGAUGCCAGGCUCAUUUUGACUCUCUCUCUCUCUCUCUCUCUCUCUCUCUCCUCUUCUACAAACCAUGUGGCUCUACAUGGUGGCGCUACUGGGCCUGUGGAUGCUCCUGCGCUUUUUUAGAGAGAGGCAAGUGGUGGACCAUCUUCAAGACAAGUAUGUCUUCAUCACAGGCUGUGGCUCUGGCUUUGGGAACCUGCUGGCCAGACAGCUGGACAGGAGAGGCAUGAGAGUGUUGGCUGCAUGUCGGAAGGAGGAGGGAGCCGAGGAGCUGAGGAGAAAGACAUCAGAAAGGCUGGAGACAGUGAUCCUGGAUGUCACCAAGACAGAGAAUAUUGUGGCAGCCACUCAGUGGGUGAAGGAGCGUGUUGGGAACAGAGGACUCUGGGGCCUGGUCAACAACGCUGGCAUCUCCGUCCCCUCGGGUCCCAACGAGUGGAUGAAAAAACAGGACUUUGCAAGUGUACUGGAUGUGAACCUGUUGGGCUUGAUCGAGGUGACUCUGAGCAUGCUGCCCUUAGUGAGGAAGGCGAGGGGCCGUGUGGUCAACGUCUCCAGCAUCUUGGGCAGAGUGUCACUUGGUGGUAGUGGUGGUUACUGCAUCUCCAAGUAUGGUAUAGAGGCCUUCUCAGACUCCCUUAGGAGGGAGCUCCGCUACUUUGGGGUGAAGGUGGCUAUUAUAGAGCCUGGCUUCUUCCUGACUGGUAUGGCCAGUAGUGCCAGAUUAUGCUCAAAUAUCCAGAUGCUGUGGGACCAGACCAGCUCAGAAAUCAGGGAGAUCUAUGGAGAGAAAUACCUGGCAUCCUAUCUGAAAAACCUAAACGAAUUGGACCAGAGGUGCAACAAGGACCUGUCUGUGGUGACUGACUGCAUGGAGCACGCUCUGACUGCCUGUCACCCUCGCACGAGAUACUCAGCUGGCUGGGAUGCUAAGCUCUUCUUCACCCCCUUGAGCUACCUGCCCACCUUUCUUGUGGAUGCUCUUCUAUACUGGACUUCUCCAAAACCUGACAAAGCCCUGUGAAAGCUAGAUCCUUUUGUGUUGUUGGGUCAAUGGAAGUGCUGUGUGAGGGUGCAGAGCCUCAGGAGGAGGAAGAUUCCUGUUCUCAGCCCACAUGUGCUGUGCAUAGGUGCCUGGCUUUUUCUUCCUCUGUAUAACAUGGGGGACAUGGGACCACAGGAAUCUGCUAUGCUUAAAUGAUCAUUACCAUUGUUGGUGAAAGAAAAAAAACGACCUCCCCUGUCUCGGGUU